AUGGACGUCGCAAAGGUGGCCGCGGUAGUUGAAAUACGGGCCGAGCAGCUAGAGGAAGCUGUUAGACCCGGAGAUGCAGAGUUGGCAGCUCAAAGAGAUGAAGCGGGAGGUAUUGGUGUGCCUUCUUUAGAAGGCCUGGCACACACUGGCGAGACUGUUCGGAAUAUCGCCUCCAAGGCAACGCAGUCUACGGUCGAGGAAGCUGAAGCUAGAAGAAGGGCAAUAUGGACUCGUCUAGAAGAUGAAGAUCCAGAUAGGAUCAAGGAGACAAUUAUCGAACAAGCACAAACUAGCCCUCAGUAUACAGCGGCACUGAUGACGAUGAUAUCAUUAUGUCGUAAAUAUAUCGACAAGGCGGCGUAUGUAGCCGAAACCAUCAGCGAAGCUACAACUUCUGCCGCAUCAAAUGCCAAUAUUUCUGUUCGAGUCGACCCCAAUAUCGAUGCCGAUCCACACUUGAUACAAGCUCUCAAGGAUUUCAAGGUCCUACUGGAACG